AAGAAACAAAAAGGAAAUCCUAUAAAUCUGCUGUGAAUCCCUAUAAUUAUGCUAGCUAUGUAUAUUACAUAAGAUUAUGUCUACAUUCAGAUUAUGUCUACAUUCAUUAUCUAACAUGUAUAAAUGGGAUAAAUCAUUUAUUAGCAUCAUUCUAUGUAUAGAAAAGAGGCCAAUAGAAGUUUUAACAUUAUGCAAGCUUCCUUUUGUUCUUUUUGGAAAGGGAAAUGGGGGAGGGGAAUAUAAGGUGCGGAAUUGGAUCCUCACCAACAAGGUCUCACCGUCUUCUGGAAGGAUGUUGCUUGUUGAUGCAACUGGAAGCGUUGAUGUUAUCAUACCAGAUCUUCCAUCAAGUUGGAAUUUCAAUAGCAUGUAUGAGGUCAGAAAUUUUUUGUCAAUUAUGGAAGACAUACCCAUGAAGCUGGAUCAUGUGGAUUUACUCCAAAAUGAACCUUUCACAUGCAGAAGUAUUUUUGAGAAUGCCCCAUUUGUGAGAGAGAUGAACAUGCCACUCCAUCUUUACUACAACAUGAGGGACGUAAUACCUGUAAAUCAUCAUUUUACUAUCUGUGUAGAUUCCCAAGUUGACUUUGGGAAGGUGGGAAGAGGAAAGUUUCACCUACUUCAGCUGAUGCAUAAAUUCCCUAUUCUGCAAAAGCAGUUUCAAGGAAGUCAAAAUGCUUCAAGUACAUCAAGCGCAUUUGCCGAGGCCUUAAUUCUGCCUUGGGACUUAAUUCUGCCUUGGGAUUUACUUAUUGCUGACAAAAACAGAGAUACCCAUAUUGAUAAGCCUUUGAUAGAUCAACUGAAGGAACCAAUGAAAUUUUUUAACGGAAUGGAAAAUAGAAAACUUAUUGCGUGCAAAAGACAUAAACCUGACCAACUGUCUAGCGAGGCUUUGACGUCUGCACUGAAUGAUACUGAAAAUGAACCAAGUUGCAGCUCCAGUCUCUCUGCUAAAGCGCGCUCUUCUGUGGCGGACAGGCAUCAUAACUCAUGCUGCUCAGACAAAUUUCCAUGUCUUGUGACUGGAAAUUGUGCUAAUUAUCCGUCUCUUGGUAUGUUGCAACACACAGGUACGGAAGCAGAUGUGGGGUCCUGUUGCAAACCACAAGUGAGAAAGGCAUUGCUGGAAUUCAAAUCAGAAGCUUUUUCUGUUUAUGAGGUGUUGAAAAUCGGUGGUCAAUAUCUUAUAAAACAUCAGAAAGAAGGCAUGUUAUGUACUGAUGGAAUAGGUGAUAAAAUACUUGUGAAUUCUGGAACAAAUAUUUGGAGUGUUUCUUUCGCUUCUGUCAAUGCUCUUCAAAGUUUAGAUGUAUCCUGCUUAUUUAAACAGCGCGACUCAUUUUUAAGCAACCAUAGUGUUCUUCCAGAAGACUAUCAUCGGUUUCAAAUUCCAAAUUGUUUACCCAAUAAUGGAAGCAAUGAGAUCUCUUCAGAUGUCAACUUAUAUAUUCCAUCUGAUGUCACAAACUUAUUUGAUGUUAACUUGGAGUUGUUGGAGGACUGUUCUCUUGGGCCUCUUGUUCCAUUUGGAGAAAUGACAAACAUCUACUCCUCUGAUCAUAAUUUGCCCGAGGGAAACUUAACAUCUAUUCAUGGGCAGAUCAAGGCGGUUCAUUGUUCAGAUGGAAAAUCGUGUGCAGAACAUUUAAGGUGCGAAAGCAUCAAUCGUGAUUGUUCGUCAUUAUUCCUUGAAGGAACUAUCAGUAUCUGUGUCCAUGUUUUAAUGGACCGUAAGAUGGUCAAGAUUUUUGGGGCUGCAAAAAAACUUGCUUACCCUGCUGGAUUUGGACGAGAUGUUACUGCAUCAUUUCACAGAGUACUUGCCCUUAGUGCGCAGGACAACUUUAUGAUGAUACCUACGUCCUUCAUUGUUAUCAACCCAUCAAGUGUGAUUAAUGAUCAUAAUGAGGAUGCAUACACCUGCCAAUCUGCUGCUUUGAACUUGGAUGGUGAUUCUCCAUUAUGUGCUAGAACUGCAUCUCUGAUUUCUGAUACAGCAAACUGUUUAGAGACCCAACCAAUGGAGUUCAAUUGCAGGGUUGUGGCUAUUUAUGUCCUUGUCUUGGAGUACAACAGGAAAGGCAAAUACCUUCAUACAAGAACUGAGCCUAGACCGAAUUCAUAUGGUGUUGGCAUUCCACUUGCUGGUUUUAUCUUUGAUGACGGGUCAUCAUCAUGUUGUUGCUGGGCUAGUUGGGAGAUUGCAGCAGUUUUGUUGGGGUUACAUGAUAAUGAAGUUUCAGGUGAAAGCUAUGCUAAAACUCACAAGAGAUCAAAGAAGACCAGGAGAAAGCAGGCAUGCAGCAGUUUAACUAUUGCCCAUUUAAGGAGAAUUAUGAAGCGGCAUGGCAGGGUCACAGUGAGAAACCAGGCUUCCAUCUUUGAUUCAUCAUGUCAAGACCUUGUGUGUUCUGCCAAGCCCGACAAGGCUAUAAGUAGUUCAGAUCAAGAUUUCUUUCAGUCCCUCAUCCUCAAAGCUUGCUGCAGCACCCUUUUGACAGUUGUUGGCAGUCUCAUGAGUUCAGAUGCUGUCAGGUGGCUGGAAACACAUCUGACUGAGCUGGAUAUGGCGAUGCUUCCCAUGCAAAAUAUAUGGGUUUCCGAAGUUCAUCACAUGGACAGCCUCGCUCAAGCUAAAAAGAUCCUUCAAGUACUUGUUGAAAGCUGAAACAGUAAACUGAAAGAGAGUCCCGGUCAGAUAUUUUAGUGUGAUAUAAUAUACCUGUGCACAGUGUAUAUGAUUCUCUUCUUCAUCAUAUCUUAAUUUAUCCAGCAAACAGUUGUGUACAAACUCAACUUCGACCAUUAUUGAGUUUUUACUUCCAGAUGUGAAGAUUUUGUCAUGUACUCAUGUUCUUCCGGCUGGAAAGUGUGUACUAUUUGCAGCCUCCUAUUGUUCACAUCGUCAUCUUGUAAUCAUAUUGAAGCGGUCAGAUGCUCGUA